UGGAUUGGCGCAGGAAAAGAAAAGAAGGAGGGAUAAUGAUUUAGUAUAUGAAAGGCAGAAAGAGCGAGAGAGAGAAAGCAUUAAAAUAGUCACAUUAGCGCUUCCUAACGAAACUCCGUUCGAAAACCUAAAGCCCGUAUAACCCUCAUUGUUAUAUUAUCGCAGGCUGGUGGAUGCACGCAGCGUCAUUCUCCUGUUUGCGCAAAUCACGCUGAACAGCAUCACCGAACAAGGAGGAAAAAUUGCAUCCUCAUUCCGAUUCCGAGUUGUUGAUAAAGGAGCUGUCUCUCACUUGGGUGUGGUCAUAUAAGAUGAGGAUCCUAUUGUUUCUACUAGUGCUUUGCUCCCUGGCUUUGAGCUACACUGUGGGUGGGGACGUGUGUGUUUCGGGUCAUGACAGUGGGCCAGUGUUUGAAGAGCAGCCAUCCAGUCUGAUUUACCCAGAGGGGCUGCCUGAGGGCAAAGUGACGCUGAAUUGCCAGGCAAGAGCCAGUCCUGCAGCCUCCUACAAGUGGCGUGUUAAUGGGACAGAUGUGGUAAUAAAAGAAGACUCUCACUAUACUCUGGUGGCAGGGAACCUGGUGAUCAAUAACCCCCAACAAGGCCGUGAUGCUGGCUCAUACCAGUGUCUUGCCAUCAACCGCUGUGGCACUAUUAUUAGCCGAGCUGCUAACCUAAAAUUUGGCUAUCUCCAAGACUUUCCUUCAGAAAGCAGGAGUCCUCAGACUGUUUAUGAGGGAGUAGGGACUUUUCUGGCAUGCCAGCCUCCACCUCACUACCCAGCUCUUUCCUACCGUUGGAUCCUCAACGAUUUUCCUAGCUUUGUCCAGCCAGAUGGAGGAAGGUGGUUUGUGUCCCAGGUGACAGGCAACUUGUACCUGGCUAAUGCCAAAGUCAAUGAUACAGGCAACUACUUCUGCCUCACCACCAUAAACUUGGACAUCACAACUAAGAGCACAUUCAGCAAAGCCAUUCAGCUCACAGUGCAGUCUGAUGCUAACCCCCGGAAAUCAGCCCCCAGCAUCUGUGUGCGUUUUCCCUCUGAGACUUAUGCCUUGGCAGGUCACACCACACAGCUGGAGUGCUUUGCCUAUGGCAAUCCUACACCUAAGUUGCGCUGGAGGAAAGUGGAUGGAGUUUUACCCUCCAAGGUUGGCACGAGUGCAGAUAGCUCCAUCCUGACCAUUCCUGACCUAAGCUUUGAUGAUGAGGGCAUGUAUGAAUGUGAGGCUUACAACUCAGAGGGACGGGAUACACACCAGGGUCGGAUCUCAGUCCAAGCCCAACCAGAGUGGCUCCAGGUGAUGAGCGAUUCUGAGGUGGAAAUUAGCUCAGAGCUACACUGGAGUUGUUUGGCUGCAGGAAAACCAAGACCAUUAAUACGCUGGCUUCGCAAUGGACUACCUCUUAGCUCACAGGAUCGUGUGGAGGUUAAUAAUGGUCACCUAAAAAUUAGUAACUUGGCACUGGAGGAUUCAGGGAUGUACCAGUGUGUGGCUGAGAACAAGCAUGACACCAUCUACUUUAAUGCAGAACUCCGAGUUCAAGUCCAGGCUCCAGAUUUUAGGCAGAACCCAGUGAGAAAGUUGGUCCCGGCUGCUCGUGGAGGCCAGGUUAAGAUGGAGUGUAAACCACGUGCUGCUCCUAAACCCACGCUCUUCUGGAGCCGUGGCACGGAACUCCUUACCAACAGCAGCAGGGUUACAGUCACACCAGACGGGGUUCUGUGGAUUUAUAACAUCAGCCGUGCAGAUGAAGGAAAGUACACUUGCUUUGCUGAGAAUUACUUGGGCAAAGCCAACAGCACCGGCCAUCUGUCAGUCAGAGAUGCAACCAAAAUUACAUUGGCACCUUCAAAUGCCGACAUCAACCAGGGGGAUAAUGUCACCCUACAGUGUCACGCAUCACAUGAUCCAACCAUGGACCUCACCUUUACCUGGUCCCUUAAUGGGGUUGUGCUAGACCUGGAGCAACCAAACGGACACUACCAUCGAAUGGAUGGGAAAGAAACCGUCGGUGACCUGGUCAUCAUGAAUGCCCAAUUAAGCCAAGCAGGCAUCUACACCUGUUCAGCGCAGACAGUUGUAGACAGUGCAACAGCAUCUGCCCGACUGGUUGUUAGGGGCCCUCCUGGGCCUCCCGGGGGUUUGGUGGUUAAGAAUGUGAAUGAAACAUCACUGGAGCUAAGGUGGAGUCGUGGCUAUGACAACCACAGCCCCAUUGGGAAAUAUGUCAUCAUGGGCCGCUCUGAGUACUCACAUGACUGGAGGAGAAUGAGGACAGAACCUGCUAAUAUCGAGGGCAAUGCUGAAUUUGCACGUGUAAUUGACUUACGACCAUGGAUGGACUAUCAGUUCCAGGUUAUCGCCAGCAACAUUCUGGGUAGUGGGGAACCCAGCAUGCCUUCACAAACAACCCGCACCAAGCAGGCAGCACCAACAGUGGCACCCAGUGGUCUAGGUGGAGGAGGAGGAGAUCGCAAUGAGCUCAUCAUCACAUGGACACCCAUGGCAAGGGAAUAUCAAAAUGGUGAUGGCUUUGGCUACAUCUUGGCAUUUAAGAAGUUGGAGGCACAAACAUGGAUGGUGGUCCGUGUUCCUAAUGUGGAGUCUUCACGUUACGUCUACAGUAACCAGAGUCUCACACCAUACUGCCCCUUUGAAGUUAAAAUCAAAGCCUACAACAGGAAAGGCGAAGGCCCUUUCAGUCAGAUAGCCUUGGUUCACUCGGCUGAAGAGGAGCCCACAGUGUCACCCCGCAAGAUCAAUGCCUCAGCAUUAACAGCCUUUGAAAUCCAAGUCUCUUGGGACCCCAUUCAGCAUUUUGGCAGCAAUGGAGUACUGCGUGGCUAUGAGAUCCGGUACUGGAGGCAGCAUGAGCGGGAAGCUGCAGCAGACCGUGUGCGAACAGCUGGUCUAGAGAAUACAGCACGGGUGGCUGGAUUAAGACCCAACACACUUUAUCAUGUCACUGUUCUGGCCUAUAACAGUGCUGGCACUGGGCCACCCUCUCCACGCACCACUGUCAUCACUAAGAAACCCCCCCCUAACCGUCCUCCAGGGAAUGUUUCAUGGAAGACAGAUGGUUCGUGGGUAACAGUGAGAUGGGAUCAUGUUAAAUCUAUGGACAAUGAGUCUACAGUGCAGGGCUACAAAGUCCUAUACAAGCAUGAGGGACAGUCAGCUCUAAAGGUGUUAGACAAAGGCAAGGCAUCAAUCAGCCUUCCACUUCCUAAAGAUAAUGGCUAUGUGGUCCUGGAAAUCCGAUCUUGGGGAGAUGGAGGUGAUGGACCAGCUCACGAGAUAAUAGUAUCUCGAGAUUCAGGAACUGGAAUGAUGGUUCAAAACAACAGUGUGGGAAGCCUCAGAUCCUUCAGCAUAUUAUUCUUGCUCUGGCAUGCUAUGUUUUUCAUUGUAACUGGCUUAUCACUGCUAUGAUUAGCCAGUGUAAAUGUAAUACCCCACAGAUAUUGUCUGGUUAUGCCCCAGGUGGGGUGUGACUUUAAGAAUUGGGGGCUCCAGUUACGGAGGUUGGGGGAGGGUGAGUGCCUGGGUUUUAAUGAAUAAAUCAGACAAAGAUCAUUUGACUUAAUCUUUUGUAUGAAAAAUGAUUUUUAACAAAAACAACUAGUAUUGAAAACCUUUUCAUUUUAGUCAUCAUUAUACAUAAGUGAUAACAGGCACAUAGACUUUAACAGGUCAAGAUCAAUAUACUUACUAUGGGCCUCAUUUAUCAAUUUUUUCAGUAAAGUUAUUUGUAAAUAUUUUUGUAAGUCAGACUAAACUAUCUGAGAGUCAUAGCAAGCCUGAAGAUGGUACAAGAUUACACAUCAAUUUGACCAAUCUUGAGACAAAUGAGAUCAGAUCCCUAUCAGGCCCUUAGUACUGGCUCUAAAAAAUAGCAGCAUUUAAAGCAGAUGGCAUGGAAAAUGUAAUCAAUAUAUCCAUUUAUGCUGCCCCUUUUCCAAGUAUUACAGUGGCAUUCCUAAUUGCCUGACUGGUUUGAUUUGUCUUAAUUUAUGGAUUUAUCUUGGCUUGCUUUCUUUUUUCAUAUUCAGUAUUUCUUUUGUUGAUGCCUUUUUUGUAUCUAACUAAAAUACAGAAUCUUUUAAUACCUGACAGCCCUAAUCUGUAUCUCCUAAUCUCAAUGUGAUUUAUAAAAUUUUAAGUUGAUGUUUAAAUUAGUUAGUCUUAUUAUUUGUAGAUUUACACAAUUUCAGGAACAUGAGUAAAAUACGAACAUUUUUUUGCAAAUUAUGGAAUUUUCUUGAUACCAGUUGUAUUGUAUAAAUGUUCCUAUGAAUGUUUUACAAAUAAAUCCCCUCAUAUCUAACAUGAUAAAUGAGGCCCGAUAUUGAGAUGAUAUGUUCAUGAUAUGCUCAUGGUAUACAGACACAAUGUGAAUCACCAUGUAGAAAAAAUUCUUUUUUUAUAGGUUGUUGCCAGUGUUUGGCAGCAUGAGGAUUGUAUCUAAAUGAGUAUUCAAAUGAAAGUUUACUUUUUAUUUUGCUAAAAACACAAAACAAGAAGUAUACUAAUUAGCGUAAGUAGUCACUUCUGAAACAUUAUAGAGCCAACAAACUCAACUCAUUCUUACAAUGUGCACCCAAGUUUGUGUGUGUGUGUGUGUGAGACUUAGGUCUUAGUUUUAGGUUGCCAUAGACACAGUGGUCAAACAAAUAGUAUCUGAUAAUAAAGGCGGUAAGGCUUAUGAGUUUAUCUUAAUACAUCAAGGUUAUUUAGUUAUCAAAACCAUUAUUAUCAUAGUUUCUUUAUCAAGUGUUAUGUAAAAGAAUCAAUAACCAGAAAUAAAGUGUUUGCCAGAUAUGCUGUAAAAAGUCCAGGGAGACAGAUGUUACACAAUGCAGUGGGUUAGAGUGCACUUCAGUUAAUCACCUUACUGUGGUAAUAUUUAUGGCACUAUUAUACAUCUUAUUUAUGUGCCGUAUAGGUUUGCACAUGCAUGGCCUAAUUGUGAUAAAAGAUUUACAGCCAAAUGGGAAAAAAUAUUUUUUGUUAUUUCCCAG